GAUAAGGUGCUGGUGAUGGAUGCUGGUCGAGCGGUGGAAUUCGCUUCACCGUAUGAGUUGUUGACCCAAAGUAAAACGAAUGUAUUCUAUGAUAUGGUUAAACAAAUGGGUAAUAGCACUUUUGAAAGCCUGCUUGUGGUGGCGCAAAAGGCCUAUGAAGAGAAGUCGCCCUUGAAAAAUAAAGAUGUAUGAAGAGGAAAUCUGUCUGCAUAUGUACAUACAUACGUUGAAGCGAUAUUUACUCAGGAAAAAAAAAUAAGCUACUUAAAGAAAGCUUUGCUGUGACUUCUGCAUUUUUACAAU